AUGUCAGUUCCAACCACCAUUUUUGUGUACAUGAAUGAGCCCGGCGACAAGGGCCGUUUGUGGGGAGCGGAUGACCAGCUUGGAACACUCAAUUAUCUUACCGAUGAGGUCGUUAAAGUUGCAGCAAAUGAGGAAAUCCGCACCGGGACGCGUGUCUCUCUAAAUUGGUCUAUGAUGGGACCAUCGAAGCCUCGGUUUCCAAGGAAGUUCACGGAGGUGAAGCUGAUUAACAAAGCACCAAUGAAAACCGCGCAUGACGAAGAGUUGCACUUCAAUACACAGAUUAGCUCGCAAUGGGAUGGAACCAGACAUUACGGUUAUCAGAACGAGAAGGUUUACUUCAUGGGCCAUACUGCGGAAAAGUUUAAGAACUCCGAUAUUAACAGUUUGCAAACUCAGGGACUGAGUAUAUUCGACUUCCGAGAGGCUGACAUAUUGUUUGUACGCAGCGGAUACAUACAUCAACAUGAAGUCAUGUCACCCGAGCGGAGAAAGAAGCUUCAUGUGUAUCAGAGAGAAAAGCCCGAAAACAUCGGUUUGGAAACUUCGAAAGAGCUCCUAGAAUUCCUUGGGAAUACCAGGUUUGCCGCCGUGGCAGCAGGCCGGGGAAUGCCUAUUGGAGAACUGUUUGACUUGGAGCACUUGGGUACUAUCUGUAACGAGUUGGGGAAAUAUACAUUCUUCAUUUCGAGUGAGCCUUUGAAUGUACCAGGCGGAGUUGCAAGCCCUCCCAAUGCUCUUGCAUUUUUCUAG